UUUAUAUUGGUUGUUUUAAUCAAAAAGCCUUUUGUCAUAUACAGAGAGAGAAGAGAAACCUGAGGAAGCUGACCGGAGAAGACGAAAGCAAACUUUUUUCUGAAGAAAUUUGAUCCAAAAAUGGAUGGGAAUUUUCCACAAGGAGGUGUAGUUCGUAGUGGAGCUUCAUCUUAUGGAGGAUUUGAUUUACAAGGUUCUAUGAGAGUUCAUCACCAAGACUCCAUGAAUCAGCAGCAUCGACACAAUCCUAAUUCUAGACCACUUCAUGAAGGUCUUCCCUUUACUAUGGUUACAGGUCAAACCUGUGAUCAUCAUCAGAAUCAGAACAUGUCUAUGUCUGAGCAACAGAAAGCUGAAAGAGAGAAGAAUUCAGUGAGUGAUGAUGAUGAACCAAGUUUCACAGAGGAAGGUGGUGAUGGUGUUCAUAAUGAAGCUAAUAGAUCAACUAAAGGAUCUCCAUGGCAACGAGUGAAAUGGACUGAUAAGAUGGUGAAGUUGUUGAUUACUGCUGUUUCUUAUAUAGGAGAUGAUUCGAGUAUAGAUAGUAGUAGUAGAAGAAAGUUUGCUGUUUUGCAGAAGAAAGGGAAGUGGAAAUCUGUUUCUAAAGUUAUGGCUGAGAGAGGUUAUCAUGUUUCGCCGCAGCAAUGUGAGGAUAAGUUCAAUGAUUUGAAUAAACGGUAUAAGAAGCUUAAUGAUAUGCUUGGUAGAGGAACAUCUUGUCAAGUUGUUGAGAAUCCUGCGCUUUUGGAUUCGAUUGGUUACUUGAAUGAUAAAGAGAAGGAUGAUGUUAGGAAGAUUAUGAGUUCUAAACAUCUUUUUUAUGAAGAGAUGUGUUCGUAUCAUAAUGGGAAUAGGUUGCAUUUGCCUCAUGACCUUGCUUUGCAGCGUUCGUUACAGUUGGCGCUUAGAAGCAGAGAUGAUCAUGAUAAUGAUGAUUCUAGGAAACAUCAAAUGGAGGAUCUUGAUGAUGAGGAUCAUGAUGGUGAUGGUGAUGAACAUGAUGAGUAUGAGGAGCAACAUUAUGCGUAUGGAGAUUGUAGGGUAAAUCAUUAUGGAGGUGGUGGUGGUCCUUUGAAGAAGAUAAGACCAAGCCUUAGCCAUGAAGAUGGAGAUCAUCCGAGUCAUGUGAAUUCUCUGGAGUGUAAUAAAGUCUCUUUACCUCAAAUACCGUUUUCUCAAGCUGAUGUGAAUCAAGGUGGGGCGGAGAGUGGAAGAGCAGGUUCGGUGCAGAAGCAGUGGAUGGAGUCGCGGACUCUCCAGCUAGAAGAGCAGAAGCUUCAGAUCCAAGUUGAAUUGCUGGAAUUGGAGAAACAGAGAUUCAGGUGGCAGAGGUUUAGCAAGAAAAGGGAUCAAGAACUCGAGAGAAUGAGAAUGGAGAAUGAAAGGAUGAAACUUGAGAAUGAUCGGAUGGGAUUGGAGUUGAAACAAAGGGAAUUGGGUGUUGAAUUAUAACGGAAUUGGCUUCACUUCUCUUGAUUGGUAUAUAGCUUUGCUAAAUGAAGUCUCAUUUUCUGCUUUUGUAAGCUUGCUUUGAUUGGAAUGAUCUCGAGACUUUGAUGUGAGAGAUCUUUGUGGUUGCAUCAGUGAUGAAGUUUGUGAAUGUAGUGAGAAAGGAGUGGUUAAUAUAAGCAGCUCUCUAAGGUUUGUUUUAACUCUACUUCUCAGUACUCAACUGGUUAAGGUUAUUUUCAUUGUUCUGCUGUAUUGUUUUCGACAUCUUAAUCCAAUGUGUAACAAAUAUCUCAUUGUUAAGCCAGUUUGAGAAUGAGUUGUUGCUAACUAUUUGCUUCUAAGAAGAUUGAAUACUUUUCGACAUGGAACCUUAAUACAUAUUUUCUAUUGGACGUGGAUCCAGAUAACCUUUAGCAGUUUAUACUUUGGAUCACAUCACAUCUCCUUUAGUGGAAAAUGAAUCAGUUUGACGAUAUUGAGUUUUCCUGAAGAAUCUUGAAGCUAUAUUCUAAAGGUUUCUUUCAGUUUGCAGUCACAUGUUCUUCUUUUGUCUCUUUCAACAUAAAUGUAAAGAUGUUUCUG